AACGAGCGUGCAGACAGCACAAGGGACCGCGCCGUGGGCUUGCAGCGCUUAGCUGAGGGUUACUUUUUGGAAGGGGGCGGGGGACCGCGACAUAACUACGCCUCUCCUACCCAACAAUUAACCUUGAUGAAAUCAAGUGGGUUUCAAUUAACGCCAGUGUGCACGGGUUUGACUGGAUCUCGUUCUAAUGGGGAAAAAGCUAUUGCUCAGCAUGGAUGAUGUUGAGAGACAAAUGCAGUUUGACCAGACGGUUUGUGUUCCAGCGGAACAAGCGUAGAUGAAGCCUGUCUUACUGGAGCGCGGCGGAUAAACGUUUUGAGGCAGGAUUUGGGACAGGAAAGCGAAAUUAAUUUCAACACCGGUGUUUGCGUUUUGGUUUCCUGUUCUGGUACCGAAGGAUUUCUGCUGUCUCUGGUUCCGCAGCGCAGCUUCCCUGCGUUCGGGCGGCACAUGCAAACUGUCCCCUUCGCUGCAUCGCCUCUGCGCCCCGGCCACUCGACAUGAGGACCGUGUCUUUAGUGUGACAGAAGCGGCGAAAACGGGCAGUUUCAUCGGUAUAUCCCUGUCGUCUGCAACCAGCGUGGGACGGCGAAGUCUUCGUUACACACCGUGCCUAUGGUGACCAUGGACCAACACGAGAUGAUGACCGCGUCCAAAAAAUCUGUCAUUGCUAAGAUCUUCAAAGUUCGCAAGAGGCGAGAGAUGCUUUUUGUGCAAGUGUGCUUCGUCUGCAGUGUUCUCUUUGUGGCUUGGGGCAUGUCAGCACUCCUGACAACAGCAGGUCAUGGCAUGGUGGCAGAAGGAGGCGGGGCAGAGGCGGGGCAUAAACACUGGGGGCGGAGACUGAUGGCCUCGGCGGAUGACAACGAGACCGAGGAGAGGAGCUGCACCGAGCCGGCUAUCCACGAGUUUCCAGACGACCUCUUCACCAACAGCGAGCGUAAGAGCGGGGCGGUGUUACUUCACAUUGUAGCGGCACUCUACAUGUUCCUGGCUCUGGCCGUUGUGUGUGAUGACUACUUCGUGACCUCUCUGGAGAAGAUCUGUGAGAAGCUGGAUCUGAGUGAGGAUGUAGCCGGAGCCACUUUCAUGGCUGCAGGAAGCUCCGCCCCAGAACUCUUCGCAUCCAUUAUAGGUGUGUUCAUCACUCACGGCGACGUGGGAGUUGGAACCAUUGUGGGUUCUGCAGUCUUCAACAUCCUCUGUAUUAUUGGAGUGUGUGGGAUUUUUGCUGGACAGGUGGUGCUGCUGAGCUGGUGGGCCGUCUUCCGCGACUCUCUCUACUACACCCUGGCCGUGGUGGCGCUGAUAGUGUUCAUCUAUGACGAGAAGAUCGUGUGGUGGGAGAGCCUGGUGCUUGUAGUCAUGUAUGCAGGAUACAUUCUGAUCAUGAAAUUCAACUCCAGCAUGCAGACCUUCUUCACAGGAAAACGCAGCAAGAACGUUGCCAAUGGCAACGCGGCGGGCGGCAGUGAACUGGAGGAUGUGAAGCCAGGCAGGACCUUCACACGUGGCUCUGUGAUUAUGGUGGACGAAAUCAUCAAUGCCAGUCCUCCAAACUACCGUUUCCCUGAAGCGGGCCUUCGUAUCAUGGUCACCAACCACUUUGGGCCCAAGACCCGCCUUCGCAUGGCCAGCCGUCUCAUCAUCACCGAGCGGCAGAAGCUGGUGCAGGGGGCCAAUGGGGUAGAGACCGCAGUGGUGGACGGGAAGACGGACAUUGAGAAUGGGAACGUCCCAGAGGAUAAGCCCAGCGAAGAAGAGGACAGUGAACUGACCUCUCCCUUCAGCCUACCACGGGGCUGCAUGAACAGGACCAAAUGGCUGAUCUCUUGGCCGCUGCUGCUGCUGCUCUACUUCACUGUCCCCAACUGUGGCAAGCCCCGCUGGGAGAAGUUCUUCAUGCUGUCCUUCAUCCUCUCCACUGUCUGGAUUGCAGUCUUCUCCUACUUUAUGGUGUGGAUGGUGACCAUCAUUGGGUACACACUUGGCAUACCGGAUGUCAUUAUGGGAAUCACGUUCCUGGCAGCGGGCACCAGCGUUCCCGACUGUAUCGCCAGUCUGAUUGUUGCUCGCCAAGGUCUGGGGGACAUGGCUGUGUCCAACACCAUUGGUAGUAAUGUGUUUGACAUCUUGGUGGGGCUGGGUGUGCCCUGGGCCCUGCAGACGAUGGCCAUCAGCUACGGCUCAGUGGUGAUGAUAAGCAGUCGUGGGCUGGUGUACUCUGUCGCUCUGCUCCUGGGGUCUGUGGCAGUCACGAUCCUGGGGAUCCACAUCAACAACUGGAAGUUGGACUUCAAGCUGGGCCUGUACGUGCUCCUUCUAUAUGCCGUCUUCCUCUGCUUCUCCAUCAUGAUCGAGUACAACGUCUUCACCUUUGUCAAUCUGCCCAUGUGUUCGGAGGACCACUAGAAGCUCUUCCCACUGCUCCGUAUACUCCCUUGCCUCCGCGUAGCACCGGGUGGACAUCCAGAACAUCCACUUCCCCUCCAGAUUAACCUUCCACCUGCACACUGCUCCAUCAUCUCUCCUGAACCCAGCCUCGUCAGUUCAUCAGCCUCAUCUGAACACUUUGUCCUGUUAAGAGACACCACAGUUCUUCCACUGCAACAUUGGAACGUCAUUACCUCAAAGUGGACUUUUUCCUUCAACCGGGACAUGCCUUCUUGGCCUUGUCUUGCAGUAACCUACAAGGAGCCACAGAUAGAUUCACAUGACUCAACUACCUUCUCAGUUGCAGCGGUCUCCUCAGUCCUGUGGAGUGGUGUCCUUAAAGUAGCCAGUGUUUUAGUACCUGUUUAACCUCACAACUUCAUCACUAUUACAGUUACUCUUGGCACAGUCCCAGUCUGUUCCCAGUCUCCUCUCUGAUCCAGAGGACCUUCUUGUUGGCAGCUCUUGGCACCCACGCCUCCCCCACAAAAAAGAACGGGCAUUGUCCUGCGCAUCAGACUUGAUCACCUGUCUGCCAAAUAUGGACUGUCCUGUCUGUGUUGAAUUCAUCUCAUCUAAACCCAUGGAGUCUCACCUUUUAUGCACAUUUGUAUUUUUACUUAGCAUAUUUGUUUAGUUUUUUUUCUCAUUAUUAUUAUUAUUUUUUUUUUUGUUUGUUUAAAGUCAUGGAAGAUGUACAUCUUUUACUAUCUUGCAGCUCAACACUGUUAGCGUUUUUUAAAAUAAGAAUUUGAACUCUUUUGAAAUAUGAUUGCAUAAUGGAAAAAGCAGAUUAUGAAGAGUGGAGGUUUGAUGGUAGAAGAUGCACUUUGAGGCUGUGGUCUGUGUGUCAAACUCUAAGUGAAAUGAUUCAGUUCUGGGGGCCUGGAAUGGAAUGUGACAUGGGUAGAACAGUGAGAAAUGGGCCAUCUCCUUCAGUCAUGUGACACUAGCACAGUUCUGCUUGCUGAAUGAAGAAAAUGGAGGAAAGGUGAGCGUGACCCUCACUCCAUCUGCUAGUGGAGGGAAGUUUAUCACAGCCAUUCUGUAUCAGGGAAUUUAAUGGGUUUAUAAUGCCUCUGAGUGGCAGAUGGUGUUCUCUUGACAAAUUCACAUGUAGAUACUUGCACUUUAAAACAAGUAAGCAGUUCACACAUUUAGCAUGAACCAGUGCUUCCUUCACUUAGAGGUGUGUGUGUGUGUGUUUCUGAAAGUCCUGGUGAGUCCUUGUUGCCAACCCACAAUAACUCCAUGAGCACAGCUACCGAGAGCACACCCUGACUAUAGUAGCAAUGCAUGAUGGGACAGUGCUUAACUUCCCAUUGUGAAGGUGAGACCUGUCUCCCCAGUCGCCUGCCCCACACCCAAUCGUAACCCGGCAGCUAUGAGCAACAACUGCAGUCGAGAUCUUCUCCAUCAUGCAAAAACGGGUGCCCACGCAGGACCCGGGUGGUGGAGGUGGGAGCAAGGAGCAGAAUCACCUUUUAGAAAAAGGAAAAUAAACCAACCUUUUGGGCCAGAGGGUCACGAUGGUGGUAUAUGCAACCUUAAUACAAGCAGGGAGAACCUCAACAUGUUUCCACCAAGCACAAAGGGAAAACCCUUUAGUUGGCGGAUGGUUUAAGCAGCCCUGAGCUAUUUGAAUUGGCCAUAGCAGAGCAGGAGUGUGAGAAUGAAGAUGGACACUACAGGGCUGUCUUCCCCACAAUAGCAUUUUCCCCCCCUCUCUGCUCGAGGCAUCUUAAGAAAGACUAGUCUGUGUCUGGCGUCUCCCAAUCCUCUGAAGAAGACUGCUUCAACCUCUGUGGGCAACUGGUUAAGAGUCCUGAAGCUGCUACAGGUCCUAGGAAGAAGUGACCACAUUCUGGAUAGGCUGCCCAAAGCCUUGUG